AUGUUGAGGGCUUCACAGUCCCCAACACAGAAAACCCUUCGUCGUUUGCGGGAUGCCACCGCUAAAGCUUGCUCUAGGGAUUUAGAAAGCCCCGAGCAAACAACUUCACGUCGUCUUAGGAAUACAAGGGCUAGAGCCGCCUCUAGAGCUUCGGAACAAUCCCAAGAAACCGCACAUCGUCGCUUUAGAGAUGCCCUAUCCACCGCGUCUGCCAGAGCCUUAGAAAGCCCUACACAGACCACUGUUCGUCGCGUUAGAAAUGCCCGCUCCACUGCAUCUGCUAGAGCCCUAGAAAGCGCUGCACAGACCACUGUCCGUCGCUUUAGAAAUGCCCGUUCUACUGCAUCUGCUAGAGCCCUAGAAAGCCCUGAACAAACCACUGUUCGUCGCGUUAGAAAUGCCCGCUCUACUGCAUCUUCCAGGGAUGCAGAAAACUCUGAAACGCCGUCAACGACUCGAAAACAUUAG